AUGAGGAGGAAGAAAGUCCGCCAGACAUGGAACAAAUACAACCUCUACAACAUCUCCCGCAUGCAAACCCCCACCGCCUACGACAAGACCUUCUUCCAGCAAAAAUGGAAAUCCAAGGCCCUGACCCGCGCCUACCACGGCGAGCAGAUCAAAGAGAAGCACUGGGAGCGCAUGUUCCGGCGGAGCAUCCCCGCCGUCGUGCCCAUGGACCACGAAUACCUCGCGAAGCACGACGGCUCCGAGCUGGCGGCGGGGAGGGGCAGCGGGCUGGAUGAGGCGGAGAAGGGGCGGAAUCCGGCAAAGACGCCGUAUAUGCAGAUGACGUUCCAUCCGACGGAGAGGAGGCUCGAUACUGCGAUCUUCAGGGCGCUGUUUGCGAGUAGUGCGCGGCAGGCGCGGCAGUUUGUCACGCAUGGGUUUGUUAAGGUCAAUGGCAAGAGGAUGAUAUAUCCGGGCUACAUGCUCAAUCCGGGAGACAUGUUCCAAGUCGAUCCCGAGCGCGUCAUGUGGGCCACCGGCGCACGCAAAGACCAGGACAAGUACGAGACGUCGGGCGAGUACAUGACCACUCCCGAAGAAAACGAGCCGGUGGACGAAGUCGCCGAAGAGGACGAAGACGCAAGACCCGCAAGCGCCGAAUCCCCCUCCACCGCCUCCGCAGCCGACGCGCCCGAAGCCACGGAACGCACGCCCGAAGAACUUCGCAAAGAACUCACAGCGCUAAUGGACCAAGCUAAGAUCCUCCUCAAAGACCCCAAAGAUCUGAGCCCGAAGCAAAAAAUCGAGUUGCGUUCAUUCCGCACGAACCUAAAACGCGCCAUCUCCCGCAACAAAGCCACAGAGUCCGAGGCCGAGGACUACGAGUCCCAACUCGCGGCCCUGACGGCUCGUCUCGCCGUCUCCCCCUCUUCCUCUAACUCCUCCACCUCCUCCGCCAACACCUCCGCCGUCCCCACGGAGGUUGAAGAUCUGACCAAGGAGCAAGCAAAACUGCUCAAAGAAGCCCUCCAACGCGCCCACGAGAACCCCUACGACCCUUCCAAACCCUACCUAACACCCUGGGCGCCACGGCCCUAUAUGUCCGCCUUCGCGUUCAUACCGCGCUACCUCGAGGUCAGCCAUAGCAUCUGCUCGGCUGUGUAUCUGAGACAUCCGGUGGCGCGCCCGGGGCUGGCGGAGGUGCCGACGCCAUUUCAUAAGGAGACCAAUCAGCUGGCGCAUGCGUGGUAUUUGAGGAGACGGUAG